AUUCGAUGCCUGUCAGGUCUCUUGACCCGGAAAAAGGAAGAAAUAAGCACAGAGCAGAAGAAAAGUGGUUGACAGCAGACGUGACAGAAACAACUUGUCAAUGUCAUCGCGCUUUUGGGCUCAUCACUUGACUGCAGCAUCCACUUCGAGCUUUUUGCAUUUGAAUAGCUUUUAGCCUUCGCGGCUUGACAGUCGCAUCUUCAUGCGAUUUUAUCAGUAAUCUGUUUAAACUAUACGGGAAUGGAAUAUGGCAGCAACUGAAACACAGUCUAUGUUAAGCAUUGGAUUGAUUGAAAAAGAUGUGAACGGGGACACUCUGUGGGUUUGGUGCUAUCCCGCGGUGGGCUCCGAAUUUAGACAAGUCUUGCUCAGCAAGUGCUGUCUGACACAGAACAACGAAGAUUUUCACACAUUUGUAUUUGGCCAAUUCUGUCGCUCUUGGUACUAUAUCAGCACAAUGGAGGUACAGGAGCCUACACCUCUAAAGAAGGUCACUCAUUUGUCAGUGGUUAUUACAGCAAAAGACUUCAACCCUGAGAAAUAUGCCGCACUCAAUCGAAUACUGUGCAGGAUGUACAUCAAAUAUGGCAGUCCGGUGAAAAUGAUGGAGGUCUACAUCGCUGUUCUCACCAAAGGUAUUUGCCAGAGUGAAGAGAAUGGCUCAUUUUUAACCAAGGACUACGAUGUUCGAAAGGCCUUCCUGGCAGGAUCAAUCAAAGAUGUGGUGUCUCAGUUUGGCAUGGAGACCAUUAUCCUGUACACCGCUGUCAUACUGAAAAAGCGUAUCGCUGUGCACCAUCCUCGAAUUGAAGCCUUGUUGGAAUUCACAAGAGUGCUUCCUGCUCUAUCGUGGCACAGGAAAGAUUGGUCUAUUCUGCAUCCAUAUGUGCACCUGACUGAUACUGAACUGGAGCAUCUCAGUAAAUGCCCAGGGUAUAUAGCAGGAUUUGUCGAUCCAGAGGUGAGCAACAGGUCAGACCUGUUUGAUGUGUAUGUGAAUCUCCCAGACAGCAUCAUCACUGUGUCACAGAGUGCCAAAGAGGCUAUGGUGAUGGGGAAGUUACACAAGGACAUCGGCCAUCUUAUUCUCCAGUCUGCAGAAGACACGGAGAGGUCAGAUAGUCACGUCAUUAAGGACAUUUCUUUGAAGACCAAACAGAUUCUUGCUCAUUUGGAGACCUUGGCUGAUCAAUGUGAAGGUUCCAAAAUCACUCUGGAACAUUUAAAGCAACAGAAUUUCCCUCCAGCGACAGAAAACUUCCUGUUUCAUCUGGCUGCCGCUGAGCAGAUUUUACUGGUGUAAGACUUUUAGAAGAUUUUGAGAUUUUCAGAUGCUAUCCUAAAGGGCGAUGACAAUGCGGGCACGCCUGUCACUUUCGCAGACCCUGGAUAUGACAAUAAAAGUAUGCCAAAUGUG